AUGCCAGCGACGCUCUUCACCAAGGUCUUGCCAUCAGAUCAGGAUUACUCAUCAGAUCAGGAUCAUCCAUCAGAUCAGGAUUAUUCAUCAGAUCAGGUUCACCAUCAACCCAUCGCAGUGGAGCUUUUACCACAAGCCAGCCAAGAGCCAGGCACGCUAUUAGUGAUCCAGCAGAUAUCGAUCUUCUCCCUCUUGCCCUCUGAGCUCGUCAUCGAGAUAUUCAAUCAUCUCGAUAUUCUCACAAUCUUCCGCUUUCUCGAUACAUGUCGCUACCACCGGUACCUGCUUCUGAACCUUCCGGACGUUUGGCGGAGGGUUCGUUUCAUCCCUCUGUCCGAGUACGCUACAACGUCAUCCACUUCUUCUAGGUCGACUCCGCUCAGCAUUGCUGCCGCUGCUGCUGCAUCCUCUCCUCGUUUGCUAGAGGAGCCGUCUGGUGCGCUUACACCCAACAGCAGUUCUUCAAGGGCAGGAUCUACUGCGACCGCGCAGUUUGCGAAGGCGCAUCGGAAGGGACCUCGGCAAGGGGUCCGUACGAGAGGAUUGGCCUCUGCAUCUGGAUCUAAAUCGGAAGAAUCCCAAGAGUCGACGAUAAAGGAGGGCAAUAGAAUUAAGCAUUCAGAGGAUGAACGGGAUCGGGACCGAGGAGGAAGUCGAACAUUGAUAUCGGAAAUAUACGCUGUUCUUCGACGCUUUCGAAAGGAGAACCACCUGGUCGAUUUUGUCCGCGAGGUAUGCUGCUAUCCUAGCGAUUCCUUGUGCAAUUGUUCUUGGUCCCCCAGCCUCAAGGCCUCAGACCGCUAA